UAUUAGUUAGAUUUAUAUUUCUAUAUCGUAUAACUCUUUAUUAAUGAAUUAAUUAAAAUCAAGAUUUAGCUUAUAUAAUAGGGAUUUGUGUUCUAAUUGUCGCUAAGGUAGAAUCUACCUCUACCGGUUGUACCUGGCAAACUCUUUUGCCAAUUUGUUCGGUAUCGUUUUUUGUUUCCACUUUUCUCAGAGUAGUUUUUUGUUGUCAGUUUUCAAAAUUAACAUGAUUAUUAUAAGUACGAUUAUUAUUUUUAGUUCAUGAUUCAAUAUAAAUAAUAUGAUUAGUUAUAUUACCAAAAACUGAAAUCUGACAGUGAUACCGAAAACUAACAGUGAUACCGGAAAACUGAUAGUUAUACCGAAAACUGAAGUGAUACCGAAAACUGACAGUGAUAUCGGAAAUUGCUGACGUGGCACGCUACAUUCACCCUAAAAAAACAUUGAUAUGUUUAAAUUUACUUGUUCUGAUGCUUAUAGUGACAAUGGGAAACUCCAUACAAGGAGAUCAGACUAAAAUGUCAGCUGCUAAAUCUUCACUGAGAGGCUGUGCAUCAAAAUUUCCUCAACCUCUGAGUUCUGAAGACUUGCAGGAAGCUCAAACUUUAGGUGAUACAGUUUAUCAGGUCAACCAUGAUAAGCUGAAGCUGCAAGACAUUAUUUACCGAUCGUCUGAAGGCGAUAAAGACGUUCUCCGGCAAGUUUUCCGGUGGGAUCUCGCCCCUUACGGUGACGUCUUUCAGCAUGGUUUUCAGGCACAUCACAAAAAUAGAGUCCACGACAAGACCUCCUACGAUCUGCAUUCCUACGUGCAAGGCCGUGGGAGGCCUUUGGACUCGAGGAAAACGUCUGAUUUUGCGUUUAUUAGCACCACCGUUAGCAACUCUUGGUAUCCGCCGGUAGCAACCGGUGACGGGAACUCAAAGACAGUUGAAGUUUACAGGUACGAGAUCUAUGCACCGGGAGGUAUAUGGACUUCAUUGACUCUUGGUGAAAAGAAUGACAGGAAGUUUAAGAGGUUGGAUGAGGUUGUUUUUGUUGGUGGAAUUGCUUCUCAGUAUGUUCGAUCUGCUCAACUUUUCAGACUUACUGGUAAUCCAGAUGGGACUACAACAAUAGAAAGAGCUAACAAUGUGCUACUAAUAAACAACAACUUCAGUCCACAAUCUCAUCCUUUAAAACUUCUCAACAUUCAGAACCCAGUAUCUGAUUACACAGACUCAAACAGGACUCCCCUGUCACAAACUGUAUAUCAGUCAUCAAACAACAACAACAACAAUACCAAUAUCAUUAAUUGGUAUGCUAAUGAUGUUGCUAAUCUCGACGUAUACAUGAGUGCUGCACUUCGUUCAUCUCAUACAAACGAAGCCUAUUACGUUUUACAAAACUUGGUUACGUUAUUGAACUAUGAUCCCGGGGGCACACACGACCAUGUAGUAGACGGUCCAUCUUUUGUUUCGGAAAUGUUCAAGUCCCUCGAAUAUACACCUUUCGGAGAGCAUGGAAUUGAUGGUGCAUUGAAAUCGCGUGAUGAUGAAGCGUUCAUCUUUUGCGCGAAUCUUUGUCUUUUGAUAAACUAUGCACCAGACACCAGGAAUGACACGAUAGUCAAAGGUCCAAUGACUGUCGUUGAGAUGUUUCCUUUCUUAAAAGGAACCGUGUUUGAGAAUGGCAUAGAUUCGGCAUGUGAGUUGAAAUCAGCAGAAGAUGAAGCUUAUUUCUUCAAGGGAAACUUAUGUGCACAUAUAAACUAUGGUUCUAACCCUCAACUGAUUACGCAAGGUCAGAUCGGUCAAUUCAUUCCUCUACUAAAGGGUACCGUGUUUGAGGGUAUCGGUGUUGAUGCAUCAUAUGCUUCACAUGCUGAAAAUGAGGUGGCUUAUUACUUUAAGUAUAACAACUAUGGACAAAUCAAUGUUAAUGUGGAAGAUGGGGUUGAGUAUUUGUAUGGUGUGUUUGUAAUGGGUGACAAUGCUCCUGUCAUUCAUAGCUUCGUGCCCCAGAAAAACCGCGGUCUUGACAUACGCAGCAAUCCUGGAGCUCUCCCGAGCCCUGAUGAGUAUGAUUAUGAUGAACUUUGAAGAUAUUGGGUGUUAUAUGAAUAUCAUGUGAUUUAAAAUCUUUUGUGCUUUUAGGCUUGUUUUGUAUCUUGUUGUUUGUAAUAAUGUGAUUUAAAAUCUUUUGUGCUUUUAGGCUUGUUUUGUAUCUUGUUGUUUGUAAUAAUGACCAUCAGUCGAACUGAAUAGCCCUGAGUUUUUUUUAUUUUGUAGAGAUGCA